AUGUGGGAAAAGCUUGUAACGUGUGAUGGAAGUUCCGUGAACUUAUUCCUCAGUCCUAGUCCGGGAAUAGAUCUUUACCCGAGGGAGGUACCGGAUCAUCCGAUGCCCUAUUUCAAGACCUAUGAAUUCCUGCCUCCGCUGCUGGAACCGCCCUGGGAAGGCGUAGCCGUUCUGAGUAAACCGACUGAUCGCGAUGCCCUAGUCAGGUGGUGGAUCGACGACUUCAUCGGAGACGUCAUCCGAGAAGAGCUCACCACAAUGGCUGCCAUGGAACGAGAGGAUAAAUUCUUCACAAAGGAGAAAGAUCGGCUUAUGUACAAAGUAUUGGAGGAGGAGGUCAUACCCCCCGUGCUACAAGAGAUGGCAACUGCGGUCGCAUGGGAUACUUUUGAAUACUGGUCACGCUCAAUGCCAGACCCCUACAAAGGAAAGACACCACCCCCACUGGAAGAGAGCAUGCAGAAGGCCAUCAACGCUUUUGCCCGGGGUGAGGAGCCGAGUACGAAGCUUCGAUUCCUCCAGUGGGAUGUAUUCUUAGGCCAUUAUCGGGGGAUUUCCAAGUCUCAGGGUGUGACCAACAACUUUGGGAUGCUGAAACUCCAACAGUUACUCAUUGGCCAGGCUGCAGGUGGUUCCCUGUCAAGCACUUCUAUCAAAACCAUGGAUGCUUUACUCAAUGACGGUGAUGAGAAAGAGAAAGUACUCAAGCCUCCAAGGCAAGGAUAGAUGCUUAAAUCUAAAUUUCAUGAAUGUUGGUUGCUGUUUUCUUGUGAUAAGGAAAUAUUGAUUAAUUGCAAGGCAGGGUUGUAAUCAAGAAAAGUUUCAUAAAGAGCAUUAUACAGGUACUUUCAUCACUGUACAAUUUCCAGUCUGCAAGGAUUUUUUUACCCAGCCCAGUGCAAUGAUAAUUGUGGGAAUUUAGUACUUUUGUAUUAUAAAUAAUAUGUGCUAAUUCUCUUUCUGGCAACAUGUAUCAAUA